AUGGUUUUAGCCACGCCCUCGUGUAUCGCGAGAUUCGGCGCCUUAUCGUCGUCAGCCAUCGUGCUCGGCCUCGGGGCCACAUUCAUUCAAAACAGAGCAUCCAGUACGGAGUUGCUGAUAUACAUAGAGGUUCUGUCGGCUCUGACCGUCGUGGGAUCGAUGGUACCGCCGUACCCAAACUUCGCGUAUGAUUUGGUUUGGACACUGGCAUGGAGUUUGGCCGCUGUCUUCGCAUUGGUAAUUCAAGGAGGCGUCCGUAUUGUUGAUGCUAAAUUCGAUAUCCGCUCCCUCAAAAAUCGCCUGGGUUUUGGAAACUCUCACAUUGCCUCGCACUUUGUCUGCUCUUGCAUUAUUGGAGUCGUGCUCUUGACCGUGGGGCUCCUGGUUUUAUUCAUCUGGGGCGUUCCAGCAUUUGGAAGAUAUCUCAUGUAUAGAACCCCGAUUCCUGACUAUAACGUCACCCUGACAAAUCCAACCAACGAUAACAUAUCCUUUAAGAUAUCUACCAAUAUUCGAGUCCCGGAUGGGUUGAAAAUUUCUGUCGAUCCAAUGCAUGCAGAUUUCUUCAUCCAAGACAGAAUGUCUUUUACAAUUCCAGUUGUGACAGUCGAUCUCCCCAAAAUGUCGUUUCGCUCGAAUGAUCGAAUCGAGCUUGUAAACGAAACGUUGAAAUUGGGAAAUCUGAAUGAAUUUGCAAGGCUGGCCGAACAAGUCGCGUAUCAGCCAGCUUUCAGUGAGAAAGCGUUUGGCAACUUUGUCCAAAUUGAUAUACGAGACGUCGGAUUACAGCUUCCUGACGCUGAAGGCUACAAUGUCGUAGCCAGAAUAGUCAUGGCCAACCCGACCCCAAUUUACUUAACUCUGGUAGGGCGGGUUAUCGUGGCCCUCAAUGAAAUCGUACCUGGCAACAAUACCCUUCUCGUCAAGGGAAACCUAGAUUUUGGGACCAUCCAAAAGAAUAUCAUCGCUAUAUUAAAAACGGAGCUACCAUAUCUGAAGCAGGGAUUGUUAAUGGCGUCUGCGGUAGUCGAAUCAAUGGUGUCUCAGGGGCAGCGUCUGAGCUAUUGGGAAAACUCGUUUCAAUCAAUCAAGAUGUCCGCCAUAACACCUAUGAAGCCUCUUUUUAGCAGUGUAAUUGGCAACCAUUUUGAGUCAUCAGAGUCAGCACCCAUGGAGUUGCCAGACACUGGCGGGGUUGGCGGGGAUAUAAUCGCAAGCCUCGCAGAUAAGGUUCUCAAGACCAUGAAUAAUGUAGGCGAGCAUCUCAAUUUGUGGAAUGGAAGGGGAGAGCUUCCCAACCAGUUCCUACUGCGUACAGGUCCGACGUGGCUCAACUGCUGGGACAAUUUCGUCAAAAAUAGAUCGAAGCUAGUCGCGGGGCUUCUGUCUGCUCGCGCCGGAUCUUGGCGGUGGGAUUUGGGUUCAGCCCGGUUGUUUCCAGGGGCCUCAAGGAAACAUUCGGUUCUUCCAGGGGCUGUCGCUGGUGGGAACUUGCUCAACCUCCGUCCCCGUAUGCUCCAAGCCACUGAGGUCUCGAACGAUCUAGCUUGGCUGCGGAUAGUAACGAAGACUGUGUGCUUGAAGGCAACCCGUCGCAAGCAAUGAUCUAUUACUGCUGUUCAGCGUCCUUCAGUCAGUGCCUACGAUACCUGGGGCUUUGGAUUUCUCUCGCGAGUCGUGACGCGGGAAGAAGUCAGAAAAGAAAAGGGAGCAUCCUACACGUGGCAGAGCCAGCUCAUGGAUACGUUUGUUCACCAAUGCCCGCCAUCAAGCCGGUCAGCAAAACACCGUGUUAAUUGGCGGAGAGCGAGAGCCACCGAGCAGUGUCUCAGCCUCGCUUCAACCACUGGAGGGAACAGAGGUGGAGGAGCAAACUCUGUCCUCUCGUCAACAAAACAUCCUUGCAUGAGGAGAUGUGGGCCGAUUGCUUGUCGCACAACAAUUGCUGUCGGAUGCAUUCGAGAUUAUUAUUUUCCACGGACAAC